AUGGUCAAAUCCACGACUCUGGAUGUAACCAUCGGUGCCGUCUUCAUCGUUUUCAUUAUCAUCGGAGCGAUUUGUUGCUGUUUGAGCUUUAUUGGAGGACUCGUGGCAAUUAUAAUGUGUAAUAAGAAUAAGAGUAAUCAGCAACCAGUUCAGGUUACCGCAAUUGUUAUGAUUUUCGUGUGUCAUCGAAAAGAUGAUCAACCGGUUAUUGUCAAUGCCAACGGCCCUGCACCUGCACCAAGUCCAGUAGUGAUUCAUAAGGCUGCUCCAAAGAAGAAAAAGGGGAAAACUACUACAAGUACUGGCGGGACGACUGGAAAAAGUGGAAUGAGCACUGCAGCGUCUACUGUGAAACCAGCUAAGACCGGUGAUGACGAUGAGGAUCCGGGACUUGGUGCAUAA